ACAACGAACUGGCAUCUUCUAGGUACUCUCCCAUCCACAAGACGGUCAUCUUCCACCAUAUUGGCAUACAACUCUUCCUCCACUUGAGGGUCCUCAGCAUCGUGUGCCAUAGAAUUUCGGGUGCAUCCAGCUUCUUCAAGGUCCUCCGGUUCAUGUAUACGAAUGCAGCUUGAUCCAGAAUGUCCCCCACCCCCCUACGAAGUUCAUACCAAGAACGCUCAUUUGGCGGGGGCAGGGCAGGAAGGUCGAAUUCGAAGCCAAAGAUUUAUGGCACUAUACCCAAUACGGUGGCGGUCAAAGGCGGCAUAACGCACGGAUCAACGUUCGUCAAAGACGUUAUUUAUACGGUUCGUUGUAAUUUACGGUAAAAAAUCUAUUUUUA